AUUAUUGUUGUUUAUAUGUUUGAAAAAGAAUAAUAUUUUGCUAUAUUAUAGCAAAAUGAGUGCAAUUUUUGCAAAUAGGAUUUUGUAAAAAUCUAAUAUAUACGUGAAUAACCUGAGUAUACAAAAAUUUAAGGCAAUACUAAAGAUGAAGCGGGUUUUGAUGGUCGCUGAGAAGCCGUCUUUGGCUGCCUCAUUAGCAAACAUCUUAAGCAAUGGAAGGAGCACAACUAGGAAAGGGAUCAACAGUGCUUGCUCCAUUCAUGAGUGGAACAUGCCAUUCAAAGGCGAAAGUGCUCACUUCUUAAUGACCUCUGUUUGCGGCCAUGUCAUGAGUUUGGACUUUGUCGGCAAAUUCAACAAUUGGGAUAGGGUUGAUCCGGCAGAGUUAUUUCAUUGCCCAACAGAAAAAAAGGAAGCUGUGACUAAGUUGAAGAUGCCGGCGUUCUUGUCCAAGGAGGCAAAGGGUUGUGAUUACUUAAUCCUCUGGCUGGAUUGUGACAAGGAGGGAGAAAACAUUUGCUUUGAAGUCAUAGAUUCCGUCAGGGAAAGCAUGCGGAUUACCGAUUUUAAUGUUUACCGAGCCCACUUUUCUGCAAUUACUGAAAAAGACAUCAAAGCUGCAAUGAACAACCUUGGCAAGCCAAAUGAGAACGAAGCUAAAAGUGUCGAUGCUAGACAAGAAUUGGAUUUGAGAAUUGGCUGCGCCUUCACCCGAUUUCAGACCCGUUUUUUCCAAGGUAAAUAUGGAGAUUUGGAUGCAUCUCUGAUCUCAUAUGGUCCAUGCCAAACACCAACCCUGGGAUUCUGUGUGCAGCGACAUGAUGAGAUCCAAACAUUUAAACCUGAACCUUACUGGGUUUUGCAAGUGACUGUGCAGACCAGUGAUUCAAAGGAGGUGGUGCUUGAUUGGGAACGAGUCCGUUGUUUCGAGAAAGAAAUUGCCACCAUGUUUCUCAUGCACGUCAAAGACUUCAAAGAGGCCAAGGUAACAAGUGUGAACGUAAAAGAAAAGGCAAAACCGCGCCCAAUUGCUCUAAACACCGUAGAAUUGAUGCGAGUGGCCAGUUCAGGUCUAGGAAUGGGUCCUCAUCAUGCAAUGCAAAUUGCCGAAAGGCUCUACACACAAGGUUAUAUCAGCUACCCACGCACGGAGACUACGCACUACCCUGAAAACUUUGACUUAGGGGAGGUAUUGCGGCAGCAGCAGAGCAACCCUGAUUGGGGUGAUGAUGUGAGAGAAAUUCUUGCUGCAGGAAUCAAUCGCCCUAAGAAAGGCAAAGAUGCUGGAGAUCACCCUCCAAUCACCCCCAUGCAGCCAGCAAGUCGAAACGAACUGGAUGGUGAUGCAUGGCGGCUCUAUGACUACAUUACUCGUCAUUUCAUUGCUACGGUGUCACGAGAUUGUACAUACUUAAGCACUACUGCCAAAUUUGAAGUAGGAAAGGAGGUGUUCAAAUGUACAGGGAAAACCCUUCUUGAUCCAGGCUUUACAGGAGUCAUGCAUUGGCAAUCCUUCAGUAAAAAUGAAACUGUGCCCCCUUUCAGUGAUGGUGAAGUAGUUGAAAUACAAGAGGCCAAAUUGCAAGAGUGUCAGACAUGCCCACCAGACUACUUAACUGAAUCUGAACUGAUCACCUUAAUGGAAAAGCACGGCAUUGGCACCGAUGCCUCUAUUCCCGUUCACAUUAAUAACGUCUGCCAGAGAAAUUAUGUUACUGUGGGCUCAGGUCGUCGUCUAGUGCCGACUCCUCUCGGCAUUGUUCUCGUCCACGGAUAUCAAAAUAUUGAUCCUGAGCUGGUGCUGCCCACGAUGAGAUCAGCCCUUGAGGAGCAACUGACCCUGAUUGCUCAUGGAAAGGCUAGCAUGCAUGCAGUUCUGCAGCACUCGCUUGAGAUCUUCAAGCAGAAAUUCCUAUUCUUUGUCAAGAAUAUUGAGGGCAUGGACCAGUUGUUUGAAGUUUCGUUCUCGCCUCUUGCUAUGUCUGGAAAAGCCCUUUCAAGGUGCGGAAAAUGCAGGAGGUAUAUGAAGUACGUGCAAGCCAAACCAGCUCGCCUCCAUUGCUCGCAUUGCGACGAGACGUACAGUCUGCCACAAAACGGCAUAGUUAGAAUCUACAAGGAGCUCAAGUGUCCGCUGGAUGAAUUUGAGCUUCUCUCGUGGUCUGCCGGAAACAAAGGCAAGAGCUACCCUCUGUGUCCAUACUGUUACAACCACCCACCAUUCAGGGAUAUGAAAAAGGGCAGUGGGUGCAAUGCCUGCACUCACCCAAGUUGCCCCCACAGCUUGAACAGCAACGGAGUCUCUUCGUGCGUAGAGUGUGAUGGUGGAGUUCUUGUUUUGGACCCAGCCACUGGCCCAAAGUGGAAGCUGAGCUGCAAUAGAUGCGACGUUAUUAUUCACAUAUUUGACGACGCUCACAAGGUGAUUGUGGACGAUGGAACUUGUGAAUGUGGUGCCCAGCUCAUGUCUGUCAGCUAUAAAGAGGAAAAAACCAAGUUGCCAAACGAGGCUACUGAGUUGACAGGCUGCGUCUUCUGCUCUCCUCAUUUCUCAACCUUGGUUGAGAAGCACCGUGCAAUCAAUCGACCCAGCCGGAUGGCCCCUGGAGGCAGGGCGGCCAGGGGAAGGGGCCGUGGCCGUGGAGGUAAGGGCCGAGGAAAGGGCAAGCCCAAGGACAAAAUGGCCCAACUGGCAGCUUACUUUGUUUAAUUGGUGCGGUUGUUGUGACUUAAAUAUAUCUGCUGCCAAUCACUGUGUCCCUUUUUUAGGAGUCGGCAUCUGAAUUUAUCUGUAGUUUUUCUCAUUUAAAAUGAGAAGAUUUAGUGAGAAUACAAAACACGUAGUUCAUAAAGAACUGUAUACUCCUGUACAAGCAAAAUCCUUAUUAUUAUUAUUUAUUCUUCUCGGUCAAUACAAAAAUUUUAAACUGGAAAAAAGAGAAGAAAGGGUUUACAACUAGCAGAUGUCUGCUAAAACGCCCGAAAUCAAAAGAGACACGGCCGCCGCGGUAAACCCACACUGUCGGAAAAAAAGAACGAUAUCACAAUCCAUUGUCUAAAUAAUAAUUAUGUCUAAUUAUUGAGCGUUUUGUGAAUUUGUAUAAUUUGUUGAGUCUCUUUGAACCUGGAGCCAUGCUAUGCUUUAUAAUAUGUAACUGUAUUAAAAAAGUUGUAUAAUUUUUAAAGUUUCAAUGGAGGAAAAUGAAUGAAAAGAAAAUAAAAAUUGAAAACGUGUAAAAUUGAAUAAUUAAA